AAGGUCUAACCAAUAAUAGUUAAAAAUGAAGAUUGAAAUUGACUCCUUUUCAGGUUCCAAGAUCUACCCAGGUAGAGGUACUUUAUUCGUUAGAGGUGACUCCAAGGUUUUCAGAUUCCAAUCCUCUAAAUCUGCUUCUUUGUUCCACCAAAGAAAGAACCCAAGAAGAAUCUCUUGGACUGUUUUAUACAGAAGACAUCACAAGAAAGGUAUUUCUGAAGAAGCCGCCAAGAAGAGAACCAGAAAGACCGUCAAGCACCAAAGAGCUAUUGUCGGUGCUUCUUUAGAAUUAAUUAAGGAAAGAAGAUCCCAAAAGCCAUCUGACAGAAAGGCUGCCAGAGAAGCCAAGUUAGUUAAGGAUAAGGAAGCCAAGAAGGUUGCCAAGGCUGCUAGAAAGGCUGAAAAGGCUAAGUUAGCUGCUUCUGGUGCUAACGUUGUCUCUAAGCAACAAGCCAAGGGUGCUUUCCAAAAGGUUCACGCCACCUCCCGUUAAGUUUGAAGACUAUUAUGUAACUAAAAUAAAUAUUUAAACAAAUCGUGUUUUAAUUUAAUGUACAUUUAUAAAGUGUGGGUUUCUUUAAAUAUAUUACAGGAAGAAAAACUUAACAAUUAUAUAUAUUUCAAUAUAUAACUCAAACGUAAAACUAUAAAAGCUUGUACUCACCAAAAGUGAAACCUUCCUUUUCCGAAUGGCUAAGAAUAACUCUUGUAUUCUCCCCAACUCUAAAUCCAAAGUGAAAUGAUUCAGUGGUAUGUCCAUACAAGAGAUGACUUGUGGACUUUGACUUGAUAACCACGAUAAAUCCGCAGUAAAUUGAGCCUACUAAUUGUUUGAAAUACGAUGCAUACUCCUCCUCUGGGACUUUCAGUAUGUUAUUAACUAUUUCCCAUGACAAUUUAGAACGAAUGAUUUGCUCGCCAUUUCCAGAACACAUACAACUUAUCUCAUAACCUUCAAUACGCUUAAAGUCGAUUGCUGCCCCAAUUAUCCCAGCACAUCCUAUUCUUCCUGGAAGUUUGAAGAAAUUACCUCCUGAAGAAGUAGCUAAAGUAGUUUUGCAUUCCACUAUUCGUAUCAAUCCAAUGGUAUCCGUAAUUUGAUGUUUCAAUUCUUCAAUUCGCCCACCCAAUACCUUAUCUUUGUAAAUGUCGUAUAUUCUUUGUUGACGUUUUGAAAUUAACUGAUUUGGGCUUAAUUCAUCGGGAUUCUUUGGUAUUAAAUCUUUUACCCUCUGAUAAUUUAACAUGACUGGAGCUGUUAAAUCAUGUUUAUCAUCAGAUUGAUAAAGUUCGUUGACGUAGUCAAGCGUUCGAAAUACUUCCUUUAUAGGAUAUGAACAAUCAACACCAACCAAGCUCCCUAUUCGGACUUUCUCUGUCGCUUCAAUGAAACUGGCAUCACAUUCAACACAACCUAGUAGGUUUAGUGAAGACCCAUAGCCCGUGUUGGUCAACUCUGAUUGUUCUACUACUCGUGCAGCUUCAAUUAUAUCAUUGUGGUUAAGUGACCUUUUAAGGAGUGUUUUAUACUUUGAUGAAGAUGCAGGAUUGUGAUUGCCUGCCCCUAGAUGUGCAACUAAGAUAUCCAUU